GUUUUUGCCAAGAAAAUGGAUAAGAGUCAGGGUAAGAGGAAGGAGUUGUCUCCACUUGAUGCAGCAGUUCUUAUUCAGAAGAGUUUUAGGGCUUAUCUCAUCCAGAGGUUUCAGGCCCUACGUUCACUUCGUGAGAUGGCCGUUGCCAAGACCAAUUUGAAGGAGAUGAGGGGUUUCUUCCACAACUUUUCCUGCCGCCGCCUUCUGGCUCGUGAUACUGAAGAACAUCAGAUGGAGUUAAAGCCAACAUUAUGGAG